GUGAGCAGAGUUCGGUUUUCACUGUUGCAUCUUCAGGAGGCCCUAGGCGUCUUUGCUGCAGCCUCUGCCCUCCUGUGAUUUGCAGGUACUGGAACAUUUGUAGAGAGGACCCCAGGACACCCCGGAAUCUGGGAAAUGAAACUGUUGACCUUCAGAGAUGUGUCUAUAGAAUUCUCUAUGGAUGAGUGGGACUGCCUGGACCCUGCUCAGCAGAAUUUGUAUCUGGAUGUCAUGUUAGAGACCUACAGACACCUGGUCUUCCUUGGGCUUGCUGUCUCUAAGCCAGACCUCAUCACCUGUCUGGAGCAAAGCAAUGAACCCUGGAAGGUGAAGACACACCAGACAGUAGUCAAGCACCCAGUGACAUCUAAUUGUUCUUCCCAGGACAAUUCACAAGUGCUAGAUGCAAACAUUGUGUUGCCAAAGAUAAUCCUGAGAAGAUAUCAAAACAAUGACCCUGAGAAUUUAAACUCAAUAAACUACUGGGAUCGGGGGUAUGAGUGCAAACAGUAGAAUGCAUGUUAUGAUGAUCUGGAUGAAUGUUCAACAGCUAUGCAUGGUAAAAUCUACCAAUGCAGUAAACGUUACCAAGUUGUGAGAAAAUUAUCAAGUCUAAAUACAUAUAAGAUGAUAUAUACUGAAGAGAAAACAUUUGAGUGUAAAAAACAUGGGAAAGCCUUAAACCUAUGCUCAAACUUUGGAAAAUAUAAAAUAACUCAUUUAGUGGAAAAGCAGUACAAAGGUAAAGAAUGUUGCAAAGUCUUUAAAUCUUGCUCAAGCUUGUCUAAGCACAGGGGACAUCAUACUGGAGAGAAAAUCUACCUUUGAGAAAAUGAUGACAAAUGUCUUAGCCACAGCUCAAAAUAUUCUAACCAUAAGACAAUUUAUGAUGGAGAGAAACCCUACAAAUGUGAAGAAUGUGGCAAAGCAUUUAACCAUUACUCAAGCCUUUCUGUACAUGAAAGAAUUCAUUCUGGGGAGAAACCAUACAAAUGUCAAGAAUGUGGAAAAGACUUUAAGCAGUCCUCAGACCUUUCUCGACAUACAAGAAUUCAUUCUGGAGAGAAAACAUACAGAUGUCAAGAAUGUGGAAAAGACUUUAAGCAGUCCUCACACCUUUCUCAACAUACAAGAAUUCAUUCUGGAGAGAAACCAUACAGAUGUCAAGAAUGUGGAAAAGACUUUAAGCAGUCCUCACACCUUUCUCAACAUACAAGAAUUCAUUCUGGAGAGAAACCAUACAGAUGUCAAGAAAGUGACAAAUCCUUUAAGGAUUACUCAGCCUUUUCUGUACAUAAAAGAAUUCAUUCUGGGCGGCGCCUGUGGCUCAGUCGGUAAGGCGCUGGCCACAUAUACUGAGGGUGGCGGGUUCAAACCCGGCCCUAGCCAAACUGCAACCAAAAAAA